AGAGAGGCGGGCGGUGGGGCUCGUGCUGCUUUGCAGACGCCGCCACCCCGGAACAUCCCGCGCAGCCCAACCAUGGUCAACCCUACUGUGUUCUUUGACAUCGCCGUCGACGGCGAGCCCUUGGGCCGCGUCUCCUUCGAGCUGUUUGCAGACAAAGUUCCAAAGACAGCAGAAAACUUUCGUGCUCUGAGCACUGGGGAGAAAGGCUUUGGUUAUAAAGGUUCCUGCUUUCACAGAAUAAUUCCGGGAUUUAUGUGCCAGGGUGGUGACUUCACACGCCAUAAUGGCACUGGUGGCAAGUCCAUCUAUGGGGAGAAAUUUGAUGAUGAGAAUUUCCUCCUGAAGCACACGGGUCCUGGCAUCUUGUCCAUGGCAAAUGCUGGCCCCAACACAAACGGUUCCCAGUUUUUCAUCUGCACUGCCAAGACUGAGUGGUUGGAUGGCAAGCAUGUGGUCUUUGGCAAGGUGAAAGAGGGCAUGAAUAUCGUGGAAGCCAUGGAGCGCUUUGGGUCCAGGAAUGGCAAGACCAGCAAGAAGAUCACCAUUGCUGACUGUGGACAAAUCUAAUAAUAAAUUUGACUUGUGUUUUAUCUUAACCACCAGACCAUUCCUUCUGUAGCUCAGGAGAGCACCCCUUCAUCCCCAUCUGCUCAAAAUAUACUAUAAUCUUUGUCCUCUCA